AUGAAGAAUUACUACGCCAUACUAGACAUCGCGAAGACAGCGACCCAGAAGGAGAUCAGGAGCGCGUACAUACGAAAGGCCAAGCUGUACCAUCCCGAUGUGAACUCCACCCCGAACGCGGCGGCCAGGUUCAAGGAGGUCCAGGAGGCGUACAACACGCUGUACGACCGGGAGAAGAGGCAGGCAUACGACGCAUCUCACGCGUUCGGGAGCGCUUCGUCUGCCUCUGGCGGUAGAACUGCCUACUACUCCGGAACUGGCGGCCGGGGUUCGCGGUACCACCCUCACCACGACACUUCCAGCAGCUUCGAGGAUCAGUUCCGUGCGGAGGCCGAACAGCUGCGCCGCCAAUGGCAUGAGAUGGAAACCGAUAAGUUACGGCGUGGAGCUGAAAAAUUCAAGACCACGUUCACCAACGAUGGUUUCCCGGGAGGUGUCCGCUUUAUCCACAUCUUCCCCUUUACAUCGCCCUAUAAGCUGAGGUUCAUUUUCUACCUGCUGCGCAAAAUCGCACCGCUCAUCAUCCUUCCGCUGUCUUUCCUGUUUUUCUGCGCUAGUGAAGUAAUGUCUAAUAUCGCUCGAAAGAAUGCAAAAAUCCACAUUGUAUACGACUCCUAUGGUCGUGCCUACACAUACGAUGUCCACGGCCGCCGCUGCAGGGCCCAGUCUCUGCUACAGAGGAUCCUGCGCCGCUCGCAGAACACGCCUCGCAUCCUCUGGUGGCAGGCGAGCGAGAUUCUCUACAAACUGCAGCGCCGCCAGCGUAACGACGUGAAGCAGCACCCCUGUGUGGCCACUUGGCACAAACUAGUCCGCUGUAUGCGCCGCUUUCCGCACAACGCCACAUCACGGUGCGCAGGAGAAGCCUCCCGGCAUUACCAGUGUACCGUCAAGAACGACGUGAGUUUAUCGCUUUCUGAAACUAAUUGUUGCAGGGCUGGACAGCCGAGGACGGGGUUAACUAUGCGAGGAUUCUCGAAUCGUAGGUUUCGUUGCUUAUGA